AUGCAACAGCUUGACCUUUACAUUUUGGUAUAUACUGGUGGUCAUGACGAGUUGUACUCAAGGAUAAGGAGCUUGUUAUCUCGGUUGAUAUCAGCGGAUCGUUACACGGUAUUUCACCUCUCACCAGAAGCAAUGAAAAAGCAGCCAUGGAUAGAACCAACUACGGCCUGUUUGAUUGUUGCUGACACAAAUGAAAUGGACGACCACUCUUGGUCUAAUAUGCAAUUAUAUUUUAACCAGUCUGGAAAAAUCAUAUUUGUGUGUCAAAAUCGCUUACUUGCGAGUCUAACUACAUGUGAGUCAUCCAAGAAGCAGGCUGACAUGAUAAGGAUGGCGUUUGGAUCUCGGGAUAGCAUAUCUAUGGGAAAGGAUUUUGAGAAUUUUCUUAAAAAAUCACUGAAAACCUUGUCGAAACAUGGCCAGGUGAACAACACCUUCCAUUCUAAAGAUUUCGCUGGUGGAAUGAGUUAUUCUGUAGUUCUCACCAAGGUUAAAGAUACGCCUUUAUAUUUGUACAUGGAAAAUAGCGCCCAUCAAGCUUCGGCCAUCUUCUCUGAUGCCACCUCUGAGCAGUUGCUUGCUCCUGGUAGUCGAAUACUGAGUGAUUCACUCUCUCGUGUUGGUGUAACUGUUACUGAAUGCACUCCGCCGGCACUUACUGCAGGUGUCAUGACGGCUGCUGAAGACUCAAUCAUUGAGAACAUGCUGGGAGUUCGUUACGGUGAAGAAGUUGGUCAGAUGCCAAAGCUGUUCCUUCGCAAAUCCGAGAAAGUGGCCGAGCAGGGUUUGCCGGAUGUCACCGAGACUCUUCUUCCUAUCGAAGUUACAUCAAGAUCCUCCAUUCGCCCUGAUAUUGGAUUUGAUUUUUCAAUGUAUUUCUCUCGCCUUCGUACGCGAAAUUUAGGCCGCGUUAUAGUGUAUGUUCCUGUUGCCACAACUACCAUGGAUAUUAAUGCAAGUCGAGAGGAAGUGACAAUAGAGCACUUGUCAGAAAAGGGUAUCAUCCGUGGGCUGGAUAAAAGUGGUUAUCUACAAGUUCGAAGCAAGAGCAAUCCUAGUCAGAUAUUUUCUGUGGGCGAUAAUGGAAAUACGUUCGAUAUGAUGAAAGGAUUGAUUCGGCAUAAAAUUCGAUGA